UUCUCCUUCUGCCGUUGGCAUCGCACGCGUCAGACAGUGAAAAGCGUUCGGCAAGGACAGACACACAAAGGCGCCCAAGGCUCGCCCUAGGUGCUGCAAGGUGCCGUGUGGACGUGGAAUCCGCCAACCUGUUCCUUCCUGUUGCUGCGCUAGUUCCUGUUCGAUUGUGUGGUGUGGUGAGCGAAUUCCGCUUGCAUAGAGAAAGGCAUACAAUCCUGGAAGCGAUGGAGCGUCAGGGUCUAGUGCCGGAUAUUGACUGAUUCCGCCUGAAUCCAGUCGUCGAGCCGUGGAAAUCGUAAGCUCCAGUUUCCAGCUCCCGCCACUGUCCUUUCUUGGGUGUUGGGCUAAGGGAUACGAAGGAUACUAGGGCUAGGGUAUAGCUCACCUGCCCCGGUACCGGUUCCCAACCCAGCGUACUCACGGCCUGUAUUCAUCCAAUCGGAUCGAGCCACACAACACACAACAUGGUCGGCAUGAAGUGCUACUCGCAAAAGCGAAAUGAAGGUGACGCAGUAGCUGUGGCGGUACCAGCACCGCGGCAAAGGAUGACCGUCCUGUUACUCCUGUCACUGGCCCUCGUCAGCGUGCUUGGAGUAGCCGACUCGUACACCGUACCGAUGCGCGAUACCGACCUGCUACUGCCAGAAGGAUUUUUCAAACGAAUGAGGGACCUGUUCGCCGAACGAGCGUACGAGGAUGCGAUCGCCGGUCCGUCGGCGGGCGCUGGUGGACCAGAGAUGGCCGGAGACGAAGCGGGUCCACCCGUUCCGGUCGACAUGUCGCAUCUGGAUAGCCCACCGAAACCGAAGCUGGUAGAGGAUUGGCCCAAGGUAAAGCACAGCUUUGGCCAGGUGACGGCCGUCGCAGUCGACCUGCAGGGUAAUCCGGUUAUCUUCCACCGUGGUAGCCGCAUCUGGACAGCGGAGAGCUUCAACGAUAGUAAUCACUUCCAGCAGAUCGCGGAAGGACCCAUCCCGGAGAAUACGAUCGCCACACUGGCGGCAGCGGAUGGUGCGGUAGUGGAUGAGCGUGGCGCUGGCAUUUUCUACAUGCCGCACGGCUUGACGAUCGACCGAAACGGGAACAUGUGGCUCACGGAUGUGGCCCUCCAUCAGGUGUUCAAGUUUAUGCCGGGCCGGGACUAUCCGAGCAUCACGCUGGGCCACCGAUUCGAGCCCGGAUCCUCAAAGAGCCAUCUCUGCAAACCGACGGCCGUCGCGAUCGCCAGCACCGGCGAGAUCUUCGUAGCGGACGGGUACUGCAACAGCCGAUUGCUCAAGUACAAUGCGGCCGGCCGAUUGAUUCGUACCAUUCCGCAACCGCCAGAGUUCCUUUCACUCCAGACACCGCACGGCUUGGCAUUGCUCGAGCACCUCGAUAUGGUUUGUGUGGCCGACCGAGAGAACAUGCGUGUCGUGUGUCCACGGGCCGGUCUGCAAACGUCGUACGGUGAGGGUACUCAGGCGGCGACGAUCCAGGAACCAGAUUUGGGUCGCGUCUUCGAUGUGGCCGCCUACGGUGAUCUGGUGUACGCGGUGAACGGACCAACCUCACCGAUGAUUCCGGUCCGUGGGUUCACCAUCGAUCCGCGCUCCGAAACCAUCAUCGACCAUUGGGGCAAGUUCGAGAAUCCACACUCGAUCACGUUCUGCCCGAACGGUUCCGCCAUGUACGUGACCGAGAUCGGUCCGAACCGGGUUUGGAAGUUUACGCUGACGAUGUAAAGAGAACCAAGCAGCUGGUGCAUCCCUUGAGUGAUGCGUGUGACUUGGCGCAGGUCGAGCUGCCUGGACGAAUGGACCGUUCUCCGUUCCGCGUCUGCUGCCACUCGGUAGUCGUCAUCGGGCGAGGUACCGGUGAAAUGCCAACACCAUCAGGCUAAGGAAGUGCGCACGUGUUCUCGGGUCGGUGACCACAAGUUAGCCCUCGAUACAACACCACAAAACACGACCUGCAAAAAAAAAAAAAACAAACGCAAAAUCAGACGAACAAUGCGCGCAGCCCCACCGCAGACGAACCCGGAACAACUUACCACUCGCAGAGUCCGGAGAUGGAGAUACGCCCGGAACGGGAAACGGGCUUGAAUCGACAGCAGAUCUGCUGGCAGGGAACAUUAAUCAUCUCCAAAGGUCCAGCACGGCUUCCGGCUGGCGCUCAGGACGAUUUCCAACGCUUGCUAUCUCCAGCCGGCAAGAGUUGGCUUCCGUUCUCCGGUGACAGCUCGGAGCUAAGGAACAAACUAAUCAAAGACAACACCGCAGGAGCCGUAAGAGGUAAUCAAAGUGAGCCACACCGCAGAAGCAUCGACAUAAAACCAGAAAACAAGGAUAGACCGUCAAUAACACGAUAAACGGGAUCAUCUAUUGUCUGGUGCAUUCCUACCGCUAGACGCACCCAUCUAAGAAACAUAAAGAUUCCAUACAAUAGCAUCAAUCAACCCGAUAGCUAAAUUUGGAGCGACAGUUUUGUAGUACUGUACCGAUGGCACAACUCUCCAGGGGUGCUGUUACAGCAUUCGCGUCUCCAAUUUCUAGACCCAUAUGUAGCUGCAAUAAGAUAACGUGAAGUGUGCUUCUCUUCCCCUUUUCAACCACUACCAACUGCAUACAAGAGCAAGCAGAAGUAGAAGUUGUUCCAAGUGACCGAAAAUACGAAUAAAUUACGCAGCACCAGAGCGGAGCGGAGCAAUAAAACACAAAACACAUAUUUUGCAUAAUCCUCACAGCAAAAGGUAACCUAACUCACGCUCAAGCACAAUACCACGACGGCAAAUGCAAAGGGGCGAAACAAGCAACGUUGAUGAUAGCAGAAGAGAGGGCACACCCGCAUGAGGCGACACAAUUAUUUAGCAGAUGUAGAUGCAGCUAGAUGCAGCUAGAACGAUGAUGCACCCCCGAUUGCCUAAGCGGUGCACCUAAAGCCCGCACGUAAUCGAGAUUAUAACAAUAGAAAUGCUAAAAUUUAACAAACAGCAAACACAUACACACGUACUCUAGAGCACCGCGAGCGCGUGCAAACGAAGAAUCAAUAAUAUUCUCUAUUAUUCCGAUACAUAACCAGCAAAGCAAACGGCAAGUUAUAUCCUAGUUUACCCCACCCAACCAAAAGGGCCACAUAUUUUUAUACGAAGUUAGAAGGUAAAUGCGGGAUAAUGAUAAGGAAUCAUUAUCAAACACACACACUCAGACACAAACUUUUUAGAGGGGUUUCGCAAAAGGAACCGGAAGCGACGAAGAUCGAAUCGCUCGUACUCGCGCACACAACACCAUCGUUGAUGCUUCGAAGUCGAGUCCGUUACGCUACGAGUUCAUGGAACCGGAAAUAUGAUCCUCGUGUGAUCCAACAAAGAACUCGUACACACCACGCAAUAGCGACCAUGGAUUAGGAAAGGGAACAUGCAUGGCUGCAGGCUCAUUUCAGGCCUGUAUCCCCCGUAUCGAACGGUUGAAGAACGCCCAGAAUGAGAUUUUCCGUAGUAUUUCCUUCGAUCGGUUUAAAUUGAUCAUUGAAUGUAGAGAGAACUUCGUAGUAAAAUACGAUUUGGAAUUAUCCCGUAGCGUCUUUAACUUUUAAGGCAACAUGGUUAAAGAAAGUAUAGAGAAGUAACGGGGAGAGAGAGAGAGAGAGAGAGAAGAAAGUGGUGGUAAUAGUAUAUGGUUUCCAUCGUUCUGCCUCAUUCGGGGCAUUCCCGUAGUAGCAGCUGAAAGCAUUUUUUUAGUGAAAUAUCGAAAACAACUGAAAAUGAAAAAUCACUCUAAUCAUCGGACCAUCCGGCUUGGGGAUGGUAUAUAUGCAACGGUAAAAUAUAUGUCACUAACCAACUCCCCAGCCCUGUGCCACCCCACAAACAAUUAUUGCAUGUUAUGAGCAUUUUGAAAUAUACGUAUGAUACAUACAGAAAGAUGAAGAGGGAAUGAAAAUGGGAGAGGGAAUGUGAAGCAUAGAAUGCAGAAUGGGCAGAUUAUAGGAAAAUUACUAUCCAUAUUGUACCUAGCGUAUCGAGAACACAGCAGAAAAAUAUACAGACAAAUAUAUAUAUAUACAUUAUAUAUACAUGCAUGCAUAUAUACAGAUAUUAAAUUAACAGAAGGCAACAACAAUAAACCUAUUGUUAAGCAAUUUUUGAUAGCUGAAAACCGACACCAACCAACAAUUUAAGCAGUAAUAACGCCCCGCUCGUGAUCCUCAGCGUACGUAAAGUGUUUUCUUUCUUGCCUUGGCUAAUCACGUGUACCCGUUCACUCGUUCGCGGAGCGAGGAACCUACAGACGUCGUAGAGGUAUUGCCGUAUAGGAGAAUAUACUUUGCAUCAAUUUGCCACUCAAAACAGUACAGCUCAAAAUACGUUUCCCAAGCAUCAUUUAUCCUCGCAUCAAAUGGUAGAGGUAGAGAAAACGAGCGAUCGGGACAAGAAUACUGGACGCUGGAUCGUCUUGAUGUGAAGGAAAGGGAUCGGACUUACGGAGAAAUGUUCACACAAAAAAUCACAUUCACUUACAAGGUCAAAACCUGAGAGGGACACAAAAUCAGAAACCAGGAAUUUAUCAAACUUCUUUAGCCACUGGAACACACACACAUUGACACAUAACUCACCCUUUGUAGUACAGCAAACCUGUUGAAUAAAUCAUUUAUUUCCUUUUA